AUGGUUUCUAAGGCGGAAUCACCACCGUUGAUUGGACCUCGUAUGUCUUUCUCAGACGGUGGAGAUUUCAUCUGCAUGAGCCCUGUAAUCUGUAAAGAGAAAGAAGUCGUUAAAGGGUCAGUGAAAGUCUCCGACUUUGAGUUCUUGUCGGAGAAUGUGAGUCCACAGAGGAUGCACACUGCAGACGAACUCUUCUCUGAAGGAAAGUUGCUUCCUUUCUGGCAAGAAAAGUACUCAGAGAAGCUUAAAAACGUUAACUUGAAGUCCAAGGAAGAAGAAGAAGAAGAGAAUCAUAAAGUUGAAGCAAAGGAUAAGAACAGAGUGAGUUGGUUUCUAGAUGAAGAUCCAUCUCCCCGUCCUCCUAAAUGCACAGUUCUUUGGAAAGAGCUUUUGAGGUUGAAGAAACAGAGGAAUUCUAGGUCGUCUCUGUCUCCGUCUUCGUCCACGUCAUCAUCAAGCUCGCUUGAGGAUAAGAGAGAGGAGAAAGAAGGGAAGAGAGGUAAGAAAGGAAUAGAGAGGAAGAGUAUGAGGAUAAGGCCGAUGAUUCAUGUCCCUGUUUGCACUCUUUCUAAAUCCUCUGUUCCAUUGCCUCCUCUGUUUCCGCUUAGGCUUAAGAAAAACAGAGUAGAGAAAAGCACUUGA